AUGGCCUCAGGACAAGAAACAGGGAAACCAUUCGAGAGACUAGCCUCGGUCCAUAAUCCCCCUUUGCGAGUCAUUGUCGUCGGCGCCGGGCUUGGCGGUUGCGCGGCAGCCAUCGCUUUGCAUCAUCAGGGACACGAGGUGGUAGCAGUCCUCGACAAGGUGCGCCAGUUCAACCGGCUGGGGGACUCGCUGGGCCUGGGCGAAAAUGCAUACAAGUUGCUGGCGCGCUGGGGGUGCAAUGUCCGCGAGAUCCAGGAGAUUGGCAACCAGGCGCCGACCAUGAAGAUCCGGCGCUGGCACGACGGCAAGGUGCUGGCCGAGCAGCCACUGAUGGACAUGGCCGGCUACAUUGGCCACCGCGGCGACUACCACGACAUAUUCCUCAAGUGGGUGCGCGACCGCGGCAUCCCCAUCCGCAUGGGCUGCGACGUCGUCGCCUACGCCGACUCGGAGACGGAGCCGUCGCUGACCCUGGCCUCGGGCGAGACGAUCCGCGCCGACGUCGUUGUAGCCUGCGACGGCAUCAAGUCUCUGGCCCGCCAUCUGGUGCUGGGAGCCCGCGACGACCCCGUGUCGAGCGGCUACGCGUGCUUCCGCGCCUACUUUGAGCCCUCGGCAGCCAUGGCCGCGGACCCGGCGCGCAACGCGUUCCUGGUCGACGGCGACAGCGUCAACUUCUGGAUCGGCCCGGACACCCACGUGGUGCAGAACACGCUGCGCGGCGGGCGCGAGUUCAACUGGAUCCUGACGCACCGCGAUGAUGGCGACGUUCCGGAGAGCUGGUUUCAGCCGGGAGACAUGGAUGAGGUGCGGCGGCUCGUGUCCGACAUCGACCCGGCCAUCCGCGAGGCCAUCCGGUCCACCGACGCCUGUCUCGACUGGAAGAUCUGCUACCGCAAGCCGCUGCCCACCUGGGUGUCGCCCGACGCCCACCGCAUCGUCCUGCUCGGCGACAGCUGCCACGCCCACCUGCCCACCUCGGCCCAGGGCGCCAGCCAGGCCUGCGAGAGCGCUGGUGUGUUGGCCCUGUGUCUGCGUCUCGCGCCCGCCCGCGACGACAUCAAGGUCGCCACGCGGGCCUACGAGAAGCUGCGUUUCCCCCGGACUCGUGUCAGCCAGACGCACGGCGAGGAUUUGCGGGACAGGUGGCACAAUGUGCUAAAGAAUGUAGGCCAGGACAUUGAGAUUGAUCCCGAGAUGGUCAAGAUCAAGAACCGCCCAUUGUACGAUUUCGAUGCCGAACAGGAUGCCUUGGACAAGUGGGACGAGGUCAGCGAGAAGGUGCGGAGUGAGUUGGCGAGCGGGACGAUAGAGCCAUUAUGCUGA